AUGAUUUCGAGAAGACAAAGCAUUGUGCUUAUCAUGAUUAUUUUGUGCUCUUAUACUCAAGCCAAGCUUGAAUGUCCGUCGAAAUGUCACUGUGCAGAUGACUUCUCCGUCGUGAUUUGCCGAGGAUUGGAAAAAUUCCCCGUGUUUGGCUUUGCAUCAGUCGUCAAAACUCUGGAUUUGACGCAUGGAAAUAUCAAACACAUUGACUCUAGAGAUGUGAGGGCAUACUCACGCCUGGAAAGACUGUUUAUCAAUCACAAUCCUCUGGACUGCGACUACGUGAAUAUCUACACGCUGAAACACUUGAAAAAAACCGCUGGAUUGAAAACAUUUGACGGCCACAAAGUUGAUUGUCCACCAGAACCCUCAGUAAUGAAUGAUAGGCUCUUUGACAACAAUCAUCAUGGACAUUAUAAUCAUCACAUACUGUCAGGAGGAUCACCUCGGUUUGUUUUUUAUCAUGCAAGCUUUUCUCAGUUGGCGAUGGCUGUUGGGACUGUAAUGGUUGUUCUGAGCGUGCUCACUGUGGCUGUUGUGUGUUGUGUCUUGGUGUGCUUUCGGCGCAAACUGUCUCGAGGAUUUCAGCGCCAUAACUUGGCUACUGAAGAUCCCCUCAGCAAAAUAGAGAAAGGAACUGGAAAUAAAUCUGGCAAGGUUGGAAAGGGAGGAAAGAAAUGUUCAAAGAAACAGCGGAAAGGCCCCCAAGGACAUCCUAAACGUGGUAAAGUCAACACGGAUGGUUCGGGUGAAGUAGAGGAGGUGGAUUAUCUAAAGGAGAAGAUGAGGAAACAGCGAAGAGGUUCCAGGGGAUAUCUUAAAAACGUGAAAUCUGAUGACUCGCUUUUUGCAGAGGAGGAAGAUUUUCUGACGAAGAACUUAAAGAUACAGAGGAGCGUGUCCCGAGGGUAUGCUAUGGGGGCUAGAUCCAGUGACGACGAUUAA